AUGAUUUCAAUUUUGUUAGUUUCAACAUUUAUUGUCUUUGGAAGAGCCUUUGGCGAUGUAAAAUGCAAUCGCCAAUCAUAAUUUUCAUUCCAGAAGGAAGGAUUCUCAGAGGGAGUUCGAGGACAAGAUUAAACUUAUUACUUAUAAACAACUAAGAGAAUCCUGAAGACAAACUCUGAAUUAGAAACUUUAGCAGUUAUUGUAGAAGAAGAUUCUUUGAAUUAUUCAUGCUAAAGAGUUAUCAAUCAUCCAGAUGGACAACAUGUAUUUUCAGUAUGUCUUUUAUAUGGAGUAUACCCAUAUAUAAGUGCAUAUAACUGUUAAAACAACGUUUGCAAACAAGUAGGUUAGACUUAGGAAAUAUAGAAUUGUGGAGAUAAGUUCUCAAAGCUGGAAGUGGUAGGAAAUACACUUGUAGUGUUAAAUGCUUAAAGAGAUUAUCCAUUCACUUCUAAUGAUAUGGGUAGAGUAAUGUUUAUGAAUUACGUAUUAACAGAUGAUACAUUUUACUUGAAAUUUCCAUCUUAUUAUUUAGAUUAUUAUUAUUUUGGGUUGACCUAUAUUAUUGACAUAAUUGAUUUCAGCAUUCAUUAAUAUGAGGAAGAUGGAAUUUUGAAAGCAAAAAUGUUUUUGGCUGAUAGAGAUAAUGGCUUAUUUUGGGUGGAUUGCUAAUUGAAAUAAAACUUACUCGUUCCUAUUAAUAAGGGUAGGGUAGAAUUGAGACCUUUAAUAUAUAUGAAAAGAAAUUAAAUAUUUAUGACUAGUAGAAUAAUUUCUAAAAUUGGUAAUUAAUUUGAUGUCUUAGUUGCAUCUAACAAUAACGAUCAUUACAUAGCAACAGUAAUCUUUGAGAAUGAAUAAUCUACUAGAUUUUAUAUUAAGACUACUCUCAAUUAAUAUCUAGAUUGGCCUGCUUUUAACAGGUUAGAUGUAUAUAAGAAUUACUUUGCAUUAACCUAUUGGUCACCAAAUAACAUUUCAGCAAUAAGUAUUUAUCAAUUAUCAGGAAAUUCCGAAACGUCAUCCUACUCUGUUGGACCCAUACAUACAAUAUUACAUACAUAAUAGGAUUAUUCAGUUGUAUUCUUUGGUGAGGACGCCAAUAAGCAGAUAGUAUUGAAUUAUAGAUCGUAAAUUAAUGAGAUAACAUAAUGCCAAAUAAGUUGA